AUGGCAACCGCACAUACCCCAGACUACGGGAACUUUGUUCUCCGUUCUCGCGCCAGUCAGACAACCCGUCAGCCUUGCGAUCAAUGGCGUGAGAUGCAGUUGCACUUACCCAUCAUGCCACAGUCAUUGAUUUUCAAGACCGAAACGGGUGGCGGGUAUUCGAGUGUUGGUACGGAUGGUGGCAAAUACGUGGAAUCUGAGACAUGA